AUGUUGGCUCUCGGUAGAGGCUCGUACUAUAUUCAUCCCCAAGAAGUGGUGGUCGACUUUACGAAGGGCCGCGUCGUUGAGACUGUCACAGGUGGUGAGCUCUGGACGCCCGCCGUUUUGCUGGAUGUCCAUGCUGGAUUCGGUCCACAAAAUGCCGAAAAGGCGAUUAACGACUUUCGCCAAUGGGACGAUGUUUUCUCUGACGACUUCACCUCAACACUUAUGCUGGAAGAAGAACGAGGAUGUUGGUGA